GGCUGUCCUUGUUUGGCAGGGGAUUGGUUUGAGGCAGAUAAUCUUUGUAACUAUUGGUCAUCAGAACUGGAGAGGAGGGGGGCUGUUUAUCCUUGGUGGCUUCAACAGAAUAUUACAGAAUUGCGUUAUGAAGUUCAUACACUCACAUCUUUAGGUUAGUGUUAGAUAACGAUCGUUACACAAUAGCCCUUUCGUUUUUGUUUUUUUCGAUAAACGUUUCGUGAUUUAUUCACUGUCAAUGAAGAUGGUGAAUUGAUCCGAUUCCUGUAGGUUUAGGUUAGUCUAUGCAAUAUUAGGUAUAAUGACAAGAUACAAGCGCACCAAAUGACCUUAAAUCUCCCAUAAUUUAACCUAGUGCAGUUCCAACGUGCACAGUUAACUAAUGCAGCCUGCGCAGCUAUAGGCUCCCAACACCUCUUGCACUAAACCAAUUGGUGGAUCUAGCGCGGCUUGUGCAGGAAUAACAAUACUACGCAUGUAUUUUUGGAGACUUUAUGGGACUCGAAACGAUCCGAACAGUGAAGGGGUAAAACCAGGAACGGUGUCAACAACCUUUCUGAACCAUGGCACGGGGAUAUUUAUGAAUGCUCUGAGAGACAACAUCGGGGAAGUGUUUUCUUCCCCUUCUUGAAAGGAAAAGGCUGUUGCCAGUGAGUAUUACGCCAAUUACACAUGCUGAACGCCUUAACUUCCCACUGUGUUUUGCUUUGGUGCACAAAUGCAUGCAUAGAUAGGCCUAUAAUGUAUAUGCCCGGACAAUGUGGCUUAUUGGUGUGUUGAUUGGUCAAUUGAGCUGUGUAAUAUGAACUGGUGGAAAAAUGUAUUCGAUACAUAGCAUAUAUUUGUGUGUUUGAGUGUUUGGGGUUCGUUGGCAUUUCAAAUAACAACUUAUUGCAGAUUGAGGGAACAUGAGUGCUAAUCCUCGAUAUCAGGACAAUGGCAUCCAGCGUGAUGGCUUUCAAAUAUUUCUGUGCACAGUUCUUAAUGUUUCAAAAGUACGUGUCCAAUGCCAUAAAUUAUGAUUGCAGUAUCCUGAUCCUCUUAGGGCUUAUUUUACACAACGAGCACAAGUAGUGUCUUGACCACUAUACACAAAGUGGGAAAUAUACUGACCUACUUUUAUAACAGUGGGAAUAUUGUGUUUUUGUAUAAAAGACGCUGCAUUUCAUAAUUCCCUAAUGAAUUAGUCUUUUGUAUUAUAGGUGAAUUCAUACCCUGAUGAAAACGAGCACACUCACAGAGCAAGCUGGCUGGCCAUGAACAUUGUAGGGACACAUGACAUUUCUGAUUGAUCACCGCAUAGAGUAGAAAUGCGAUUAUUAAUACCCCUCAAAUGCAUCAAAUUCCUUGUAUUUAUUUACACAUCCGGGUGUCUAUUUGCGUUCCCCUUCCCCCGAGCGAUACGGUCGCUGAUUGGACGCCGAUGGUGUCAGUCAAACGUUGGCUCUUCCCCACGGUGACGUCUCCAUAUCAUCAAAGUAACCAGCCAGUCUGUCACGAACACAAAAGGGACAACAAAGACUUGGGGAUACGAUAGUCCUCCACAUCUCAAGACCCAACUUCUCACCUGGCGACAUUAUCCACUCUGCGAGCCGUGCAACAAGUUAACAGUAAUACGGAGACUACAGCAAUGCUAUGAACAUCGUCAUUAUAAAACCCACCAACAGACACUUAAUAACAAGCAGCGUUGUGGUCAAAUCCGAUUCUGGUGGUUUGAUUUUCUCCCGUGGUGUCUGUGUGGAGUGUGCCACACACCCACUCCACAACAACGACGGCUUUGGCUUGCAUCUUCCAGUGUUUCUUCUGUCAGCAAGUCCAGCAGAGCUGCAACUCCCCCAGCACCAGCCCGGACGGCAGCCAGGAGCCCUGCCCCAUUGACAUGGUGAAGAUGACCAAGUCGAAGACCUUCCAGGCUUACCUGCCCAGCUGCCAUCGUACCUACAGCUGCAUCCACUGCCGCGCACACCUGGCCAACCACGAUGAGCUCAUCUCAAAGUCUUUCCAAGGCAGCCAGGGGAGGGCCUAUCUCUUCAACUCUGUGGUGAACGUGGGCUGUGGGCCUGCAGAGGAGCGGGUUCUCCUCACAGGUCUCCACGCCGUGGCUGACAUCUACUGUGAAAACUGUAAAACCACCCUGGGCUGGAAAUACGAGCACGCGUUCGAGAGCAGCCAGAAGUACAAAGAGGGGAAGUUCAUCAUCGAGCUGGCUCACAUGAUCAAGGACAACGGCUGGGAGUGACUGGCCCCGCCCCCUCCCGUGACCCCUCUGAAUUCUCUUAAUUGAACUGCGUGGAGUGGCCGCCGUUGCUCAUCAUGUUCCCACCGCCACCGCCACCACCACCACCACCACCACCCCCACCACACCUCCUCCACCUCUUAAAUGUGAACUCACAACCACACACCGCUCAUCGUGAAAAAACAAAAAAAAACACCAUGUGAUGACGAUGACUUCGGGAUAAAAAAGGAG